UAUGGAAUCUUCAAACAUCUGAGCUUUUACGGAAGUAACGUCGGCUAAAAAUGGCUGCAACGGCUCUGGGUUGGAGGUCGUGUUUGUGUGUUCAUUUAGCGAUAUUUGGGUGGUAUGUUUUCACACUACGGGCUUAUUGCUCAUCAGAAAUAACAGAUCGAAAUCCAGGAGCGCAAACAUACGGAGGACGAUGGAAAUAUCUUACUUUUAUAAACCUGGUAAUGCAGACGGUCUUUUUUGGAUUAUGUGUUGUGACUGAUAUUGUACACAUGGCAGUAUCAAAUAAAGCUGCUCGUAGCGGACUUCCGUCUCUGCUAUUAGGAACGAGAGAUUAUAUCUUUACAGUCUUGGCAUUCCCAGUUGGUAUGUUUGUCUUCGCAUCAUUUUGGUCAAUCUACGCCUACAACCGGGAACUGGUAUAUCCAAAGUUUCUUGAUGAUAUUAUUCCAAUAUGGAUCAACCAUGCCUUGCACACCAUCAUUAUGCCUCUGCUCCUGGUGCAGAUGUAUCUCCAGCUUCACAAGUACCCCAGCCGAGCCAAAGCCAUCCUGAGCCUGGCUUUGUUUGCGGCUCUUUACCUGGCAUGGGUCCUUUGGGUGCACCAUGUGUCGGGGAUCUGGGUGUACCCCAUCAUGUCCCACCUGAGUCCCGUGGGGCUGGUGGUGUUUCUGGGGGUGGCCUCGCUGACCAUGGCCCCCCUCUACCUGCUGGGCGAGAAGAUGCACCAGCUCAUGUGGAGGACGGCGGGGGGAGGUGGUGGAAAAGGGAAGAAAAAGAAGUAGACAGUUUGGCUGUGAAAUAAACCUCAGCGAAGCGGACCCUGCAAGGAAGCCAGGAGUGGAAUGGACCAGAACAUAAGAAGGCAUUGAAAGCAUUUAAACCAGCACUGUCUAUGACAGAGGGACUCAGGUUUUCCUGUAUUAAGCUACCGGUACAUACUUUUCCCAGCACUGAACAGUCAUAAUGCCCAACUGUAACACAGCAAUCAAACAUGAAUCAGGAUGAGGACGGGACUGACUUAGCUUGCUGUUUCUAAAUGUAUGGUUUGCACAUGCAUUGUAGCAUGUCACAUUAAGGCAUUCUAUACAUGCUGAUUACUCAAGAUGCUGUUUUUUUUUUAUUUUAUAUUGGCCAGUUCAAUCAAUGUGUGCUGUGUUGUAUUUAAUCGCCCAAGUACAUUUAAAUGAAAUUCCUUUAAUAUAUUGCUAUUGUUGCCUAAAAUAGAUUGAAUGGUUGAAUAAAUAUGAUUUAUUCAAUAAAAUAUCCCUGACUUAUUUGUUUCUAUGCUGCAUAGCACAAUUUUGUGUUGCACUAUAAUAACAUAUUAGUUAUUAGUCAUUAGGCAAACAGGAGCUGACUGCUCCUACGUGAGGCCCUGGUCAUUUCAGCAGAUGAGGCACUUAUACUGGUCCUCCAUGGUCACAUAGUUUAGGCCUGGUUUUACCCAAUGUUUUCAUUGACUUGUUUUCAUUGACUAUGAUGUUCAAAUCACCAUCAAAAUGUCCUGGAUAAGUCUGUUACAGUGUGUGGAUUAGACUUGUCAAGUCACAUACCUCAAGAAGUUUUGCAUUCUGCCAGUGCAUUUAUUUUUUGUUAAGCAAAUUUGAAUAGUUGUUGAAUAGUAGUUGUUGUGAUCUGGAGUAAAAUCAGCUGAACUGUACACAAAUAGUGAUUGUUGAUGUUGAUUUUGCACCUAGCAUUACAAUAUCUGAUACACUGUCCUUAUUUUCUGUCCUAAACCUGUGAUUCCUAAAGUCCAGGUUGAACUCAAUUGUGGAUGCCUCAUCUGCUGUGGUGUGGUUUUUAGGCUCUACUGCGUCUUCUGUUAACAUGUAGGCAGCACACCAUGGCUUACUACUUGUUACAUCUUGUUUGUUUUCUGAAAUGUCUUGCAAUGUAUAACAUAACAUAAAAAGAGAAAAAGGGAGACUAUGAUACAACACACAGCUGAAAUAAUACAAUGUAACCCCUUCAUUAAUGCAUGUACUGUAAUAUCACGCUUGUUCUAUUAUCUGUGAAUGCCUGUCUAUUGAUCCAUUGGAAUUAUCCUAUAAAGGAACAAGUACUUUUGCA